AUGCUCCGUGUCGUCCGGUUGUGGUGUAAAGGCAUCCACUGGUGUCAGCUCCUCUCCUCCGCUUUACGCACGGUGCUGCAGCCUCAGGUGCUACAGUCUCCGGUGCUGGAGUCUCAGGUGCUACAGUCUCAGGUGCUACAGUCUCAGGUGCUACAGUCUCAGGUGCUACAGUCUCAGGUGCUGCAGCCUCAGGUGCUACAGUCUCCGGUGCUGGAGUCUCAGGUGCUGGAGUCUCAGGUGCUACAGUCUCAGGUGCUACAGUCUCAGGUGCUGCAGUCUCAGGUGCUACAGUCUCAGGUGCUACAGUCUCAGGUGCUGCAGUCUCAGGUGCUACAGUCUCAGGUGCUGCAGUCUCAGGUGCUACAGUCUCAGAUGCUGCAGCCUCAGGUGCUGGAGUCUCAGGUGCUGGAGUCUCAGGUGCUACAGUCUCAGGUGCUGCAGUCUCAGGUGCUGCAGUCUCAGGUGCUACAGUCUCAAGUGCUACAGUCUCCGGUGCUGGAGUCUCAGGUGCUGCAGUCUCAGGUGCUACAGUCUCAGGUGCUGCAGCCUCAGGUGCUGCAGUCUCAGGUGCUGGAGUCUCAGGUGCUACAGUCUCAGGUGCUACAGUCUCAGGUGCUACAGUCUCCGGUGCUGCAGUCUCAGAUGCUACAGUCUCAGGUGCUACAGUCUCCGGUGCUGGAGUCUCUGGUGCUGGAGUCUCAGGUGCUGCAGUCUCAGGUGCUACAGUCUCAGGUGCUACAGUCUCAGGUGCUGCAGUCUCAGGUGCUGCAGUCUCAGGUGCUACAGUCUCAGGUGCUACAGUCUCAGGUGCUACAGUCUCAAGUGCUGCAGUCUCAAGUGCUGCAGUCUCAAGUGCUGCAGUCUCAGGUGCUACAGUCUCAGGUGCUGCAGUCUCCGGUGCUGCAGUCUCAGGUGCUGCAGUCUCCGGUGCUGCAGUCUCAGGUGCUACAGUCUCAGGUGCUGCAGUCUCAGGUGCUGCAGUCUCAGGUGCUACAGUCUCAGGUGCUGCAGUCUCAAGUGCUACAGUCUCAGGUGCUACAGUCUCAGGUGCUGCAGUAUCAGGUGCUACAGUCUCAGGUGCUGCAAUCUCAGGUGCUGCAGUCUCAGGUGCUACAGUCUCAGGUGCUACAGUCUCAGGUGCUACAGUCUCAAGUGCUGCAGUCUCAAGUGCUGCAGUCUCAGGUGCUACAGUCUCAGGUGCUGGAGUCUCAGGUGCUACAGUCUCAGGUGCUGCAGUCUCAGGUGCUGCAGUCUCAGGUGCUACAGUCUCAGGUGCUACAGUCUCAGGUGCUGCAGUCUCAGGUGCUACAGUCUCAGGUGCAACAGUCUCAGGUGCUGCAGUCUCAGGGGCUACAGUCUCAGGUGCUACAGUCUCCGGUGCUGCAGUCUCAGGUGCUACAGUCUCAGGUGCUACAGUCUCAGGUGCUGCAGUCUCAGGUGCUACAGUCUCAGGUGCUGCAGUCUCAGGUUCUGCAGUCUCAGGUGAUACAGUCUCAGGUGCUGCAGUCUCAGGUGCUACAGUCUCCGGUGCUGGGGUCUCAGGUGCUACAGUCCCAGGUGCUGGAGUCUCAGGUGCUACAGUCUCAGGUGCUACAGUCUCAGGUGCUACAGUCUCAGGUGCUACAGUCUCAGGUGCUGGAGUCUCAGGUGCUACAGUCUCAGGUGCUGCAGUCUCAGGUGCUACGGUCUCAGGUGCUACGGUCUCAGGUGCUACAGUCUCAGGUGCUACAGUCUCAGGUGCUACAGUCUCAGGUGCUGCAGUCUCAGGUGCUACAGUCUCAGGUGCUGCAGUCUCAGGUGCUACAGUCUCAGGUGCUGCAGUCUCAGGUGCUACAGUCUCAGGUGCUGCAGUCUCAGGUGCUGGAGUCUCAGGUGCUGCAGUCUCAGGUGCUACAGUCUCAGGUGCUGCAGUCUCAGGUGCUGCAGUCUCAGGUGCUACAGUCUCAGGUGCUGGAGUCUCAGGUGCUACAGUCUCAGGUGCUACAGUCUCAGGUGCUACAGUCUCAGGUGCUACAGUCUCAGGUGCUGGAGUCUCAGGUGCUACAGUCUCAGGUGCUGCAGUCUCAGGUGCUACAGUCUCAGGUGCUACGGUCUCAGGUGCUACAGUCUCAGGUGCUACAGUCUCAGGUGCUACAGUCUCAGGUGCUACAGUCUCAGGUGCUACAGUCUCAGGUGCUGGAGUCUCAGGUGCUACAGUCUCAGGUGCUGCAGUCUCAGGUGCUACAGUCUCAGGUGCUACGGUCUCAGGUGCUACAGUCUCAGGUGCUACAGUCUCAGGUGCUACAGUCUCAGGUGCUGCAGUCUCAGGUGCUACAGUCUCAGGUGCUACAGUCUCAGGUGCUGGAGUCUCAGGUGCUACAGUCUCAGGUGCUGCAGUCUCAGGUGCUACAGUCUCAGGUGCUACGGUCUCAGGUGCUACAGUCUCAGGUGCUACAGUCUGAGGUGCUACAGUCUGAGGUGCUGCAGUCUCAGGUGCUGCAGUCUCAGGUGCUACAGUCUCAGGUGCUGCAGUCUCAGGUGCUACAGUCUCAGGUGCUGCAGUCUCAGGUGCUACAGUCUCAGGUGCUGCAGUCUCAGGUGCUACAGUCUCAGGUGCUGCAGUCUCAGGUGCUGGAGUCUCAGGUGCUGCAGUCUCAGGUGCUGCAGUCUCAGGUGCUGCAGUCUCAGGUGCUACAGUCUCAGGUGCUGGAGUCUCAGGUGCUACAGUCUCAGGUGCUACAGUCUCAGGUGCUACAGUCUCAGGUGCUGGAGUCUCAGGUGCUACAGUCUCAGGUGCUGCAGUCUCAGGUGCUACAGUCUCAGGUGCUACGGUCUCAGGUGCUACAGUCUCAGGUGCUACAGUCUCAGGUGCUACAGUCUCAGGUGCUACAGUCUCAGGUGCUGCAGUCUCAGGUGCUACAGUCUCAGGUGCUACAGUCUCAGGUGCUUCAGUCUCAGGUGCUACAGUCUCAGGUGCUGGGGUCUCAGGUGCUACAGUCUCAGGUGCUACAGUCUCAGGUGCUGCAGUCUCAGGUGCUACAGUCUCAGGUGCUACAGUCUCAGGUGCUACAGUCUCAGGUGCUGCAGUCUCAGGUGCUGCAGUCUCAGGUGCUACAGUCUCAGGUGCUACGGUCUCAGGUGCUACAGUCUCAGGUGCUACAGUCUGAGGUGCUACAGUCUGAGGUGCUGCAGUCUCAGGUGCUGCAGUCUCAGGUGCUACAGUCUCAGGUGCUGCAGUCUCAGGUGCUACAGUCUCAGGUGCUGCAGUCUCAGGUGCUACAGUCUCAGGUGCUGCAGUCUCAGGUGCUACAGUCUCAGGUGCUGCAGUCUCAGGUGCUGGAGUCUCAGGUGCUGCAGUCUCAGGUGCUACAGUCUCAGGUGAUACAGUCUCAGGUGCUGCAGUCUCAGGUGCUGGAGUCUCAGGUGCUGCAGUCUCAGGUGCUGCAGUCUCAGGUGCUCCAGUCUCAGGUGCUGGAGUCUCAGGUGCUACAGUCUCAGGUGCUACAGUCUCAGGUGCUACAGUCUCAGGUGCUACAGUCUCAGGUGCUGGAGUCUCAGGUGCUACAGUCUCAGGUGCUGCAGUCUCAGGUGCUGCAGUCUCAGGUGCUACAGUCUCAGGUGCUACAGUCUCAGGUGCUGCAGUCUCAGGUGCUACAGUCUCAGGUGCUACAGUCUCAGGUGCUACAGUCUCAGGUGCUACAGUCUCAGGUGCUGCAGUCUCAGGUGCUACAGUCUCAGGUGCUACAGUCUCAGGUGCUACAGUCUCCGGUGCUGCAGUCUCAGGUGCUGCAGUCUCAGGUGCUACAGUCUCAGGUGCUGGAGUCUCAGGUGCUACAGUCUCAGGUGCUGGAGUCUCAGGUGCUGCAGUCUCAGGUGCUGCAGUCUCAGGUGCUACAGGCUCAGGUGCUACAGUCUCAGGUGCUGCAGUCUCAGGUGCUACAGUCUCAGGUGCUACAGUCUCAGGUGCUACACUCUCAGGUGCUUGAGUCUCAGGUGCUACAGUCUCAGGUGCUGGAUUCUCUGAAGGCCAUCUGUGUGGUGCUGUAUGCAGAGAGGCCUAGGCCCGCUGCAGCCAUCGUCAUGGCGAUGGGCUCCACGAGUCGGGUCCGUGGCUGCAGCUGCACCUCCCCCGUGACCUGCCGCUGGGAACACACACAAAAUUCAUGUUUUUGA